AAAAAAGGGUAAGAUGAAUACCAUUGCCAGCAUGUGGGGAAAAAGCUACAAACCCACUCCAAGAAUUUCUCCUAUCCCAUCACUAUAUUUCCACAAUCCACUUUCUAUUUUUCACAUCGAAUGGAAUCAGUAUCACCAAUCACUCACCAUUUCUCCUCCAAAUCCUCUGCUCUUUGUGACUAAUUCCGACCUCAUCCAUCAAUGGCGGCCAAGGUGUUCGACGAAAUGCCUCAAAGAAACUGCAGAAGAACAAUCACUCUCAUUUUAGCCUACGCAGUCCUCGAAUGGAUUCUCAUCCUCCUCCUCUUCCUCAAUUCCUUCUUCUCCUUCCUCGUCACCAAAUUUGCAGAUUACUUUGCCCUCAAUCCAUGCUGCACUUUCUGUUCCAGAUUGGAUCGCCUUUGGGGCUCGAAACGGCCCCCGAAUUUCGACCUCGGCCAUGUCUGCGCCGCGCACGGCGCGGCCAUCUCUCGCCUGAGCUACUGCAUCACUCACUGCCGGCUCACCGCCGCCGUUUCAUCGUGCGGCGAGUGCUCGUUUUCGAGAACAGACGUUGCGUUGAAGAAUUUCCAUGAGUCGAAUCGGUGUUCUUGCUGCGACGAAUGUGUAAAAAACGAGGGGUCUAUUGCGGAAGUGAUCGAUGCAGAAACGGAUGGGGAGGAGGCCUCGGCGAUAGGAACAGAUCGAAGUAAUUCCGAUCGGAUCAAGCCAUGCAAUGAUCGCGAAUGGAGUGAAGAAGACGAGUCAGUUUAUAUUACCGACAUGCUUCUUCAGAAUGCGGACUACGUCGAUUCCGAUAGGUUUAUAUGCAUAGAGCUUAUCGAUACGGAUACUCAGCCAUCGACGGCGGCCGACUCGUCGGAGGCGCAACAGACCGAAGAUCGAGCGAUAAACUGCAAGAUGGAUGACGAGCGCGGCUAUUUUACGAUGGAUCGGUUGAAGUUCAAAGUGAAAGCUCAAGAAAAGGCUCUCAAGGCAUUGUACGACGAGCUAGACGAGGAGAGGAAAGCGACGGCGGUGGCGGCGAAUGAAGCGAUGGCAAUGAUCGCAAAGCUGCAAGACGAGAAGGCGUCGAUACAAAUCGAAGCGCUUCAGUACCAACGGGUGAUGGAAGAGCAAGCCGAGUACGAUCAAGAAGCUCUUCAGCUGUUGAACGAUCUGAUGACGAAACGGGAGAAGGAGAAGCAAGAACUCGAGCGCGAGCUAGAAACGUACCGUAGCAAGUCUUUCGAUUACGACACGCCGGAAAAGUUUUCGGCAGUCGGAAAUCGAGAUGGGAACUCGCCUUCCGACAUGGAGAUAGACGGAUUCGGAUUUGAUCUUUGUCACAAGUUCGAUUUGGAAGAAUUCAGCAACGAAAGGCUGUCAAUUAUUGAAGAACUGAAGGCCUUGGAAGACAAGCUGCUGUCAUUGUCCGAAAACGGAAAAAUUCACGACGUAGAAGGCUCGUUGGAGAAGCUCGACGCAGUUGUUAAUCGAUCGGAGAGCGAAUUUUCCGCGGAAACAAAUGCAGUCGUUAUCCGGGAGGAGCUUCGACAUGUGUACGAGAGAUUACAAGCUCUGGAAUCAAACGAAGAGUUCUUAAAGCAUAGCAUAGCGGCGAUGAUGAAAGGCGACGAGGGACUUCCUCUGCUCGAAGAAAUUCUUCAGCAUCUUCGCGGCUUGAGGUACGACGAAUUCCCUGUAAGAAACUCUCACGAAAUUCCAUCAGAAAAUGUAUCGUAA